AUGGCGACUGCAACACCGUCACCCCUGGCCAGCUCUGUUGAGAAGACAAAUGGAAACAAGCUAAGCAGGCUUCUCAUCGAUGGGGGAACAACAGUGCUGAGGAAUAUUUUCGAUUCCCAUCACCCUCGAGCCAACUUGGCUGCCAAGCUUAGUUCCACACAUAUUCAUCCCAUUCUUACUAGACUUCGGCAUAGAAACAUUCUGAAUGGUGUUCAGUGGGACAAACUGUUUCCACCACCAGGUGGAGGGCCACCAAACUCUAAGAACUUUGAUAUCACUCUUCUGUUCCUCUUGCUGAGGAACAUUUGCGGCCUACAUCCUCCCCUUUCAGGCUGGGACAGAAUGCCCCCCGCCAGUGACACCUCAUUUGAGGCUAACCUUGCUCGCAUUAAGUAUUAUCGAAACGUACUCUAUGGUCACGUGACAACAACUGGCAUUCAAACACCAGUGUUCGAUGUGAAAUGGCAGGCAGUUAGUUCUGUUCUUGUUUCGCUUGGUUUAAGUCAGUCUGAAGUGGACAGGUUAAAGAGAGAGCCUUGUGGGGAGGACUAUGUCAGCGCUGUUAUUGAAUGGAUGAAAAAUGACGAAGAGAUCCAAUUCCAGCUGAAAGAUCUACGUACAAAACAACAGCAAGUGCUCCAAACCCAACAGGAAGAUCACAGAACUCUUCACGAUACGCAUAAAAUAGUUGGAAAAGUGCAACAGACGCAAAUAGAAGCCAGCAAUUUGCAACAGCAGGACCACAAAACUCUUCAAGAUACACACCAGGCAGUUGGCAAUUUACAACAAAUGUUACACGAAGUUCGGAGAACCCAACAAGAAUCGCAGCAGCUUUUCAAGUAUGAGGCUGCAAACGCUGAAGAAAGAAGAGAUAAAGCUGAAGAGGAUGAAGCUCUGAGAAAAUUAGCACAAGUUAACACCGAGAGAGUCAUCCAGUAUCACUCUGGGAAAUACCAGGAGGGAACGCGCUUGCACAUCUUUGAGAAGAUCAAGUUGUGGCUAGACGACCUUGCAUCUGAAAAUCGUGUGAUAGUAAUCAGUGGAGAUGCGGGAAUGGGCAAAUCAGUGAUCGCCGCUGUCGUUUGUCAGAGAAUGCAACACGCUGGUCGGCUCUCAGGAAGUCACUUUUGUCAGCACAACAAGGAACGUUACAGAAACCCCAAGGUGAUGCUUCAAUCGUUAGCUUGUCAGCUCUGUGAUGUUUUACCAGAAUACAAAAGUGAACUGUUGAAGAAACUUUCUAGAAACUUGGGUGUGGACAUGGACAGCCUAGAAGUUCAGGAGUUGUUCGAAUUUCUUUUCGAGGAGCCUUUAUGUACCGUAGGAGACCCUGGGAGAAAUUUGCUGUUAGCUAUUGAUGGCCUGGAUGAAAGUGAAUACAAAGGCCGCAAUGAUCUGCUUGAUGUCGUAGCUAAUCAUUUUUGUAAACUUCCUGCUUGGUUCCGGUUUCUUGUUACCACUCGACCCGAAGUAAAUAUUGCAGAUCGUCUUAAAAAGUUUAAUCCUAUUCAGCUGGAGCAAGAUAACGAAGAAAACGUGAAAGACAUCAGACUCUUCCUUGAAAAACAGUUGAGCAGUGUUAUUCAAGCGGGCUUUAAAGAGGUCAUUAUCGAUGCUCUGGUCCGAAAGGCUGCAGGGCAUUUUUUAUAUGCUUAUUUGAUGGUCGAUUUUAUCAGGGAAAACGUUUCACUUCUCACCCCCGAGGAGUUAGGAAGAACCUUACCUUCAGGUGUAUCGUCUGUUUAUCAAUCCUACUUUGAACGUUUAGAGAAAGAAUUGAAAAUUGGUGAGGACCAGUUUUUGACUUUUCUAAGUGCUUUGGCGGCUGCAAGAGAACCGCUACCACGAGACUUUGUUUCUAAGAUGCUGCUUUCGGACUCGAAGUCCCUAUCUGGUCCUCGGAAAGUAACAAAAGCUAUCAACUCUAUCUCAACCCUUCUACCUGUUCAUGAUGACUGCAUUGUGUUCUUCCACAAAUCAGUUAAGGACUGGUUGAUUGACAGAACUGGUUACGGGCGACACCACUUCUCCGUGGAUGAAAAGCAAGGUCAUGCCAUGCUCUCUCAGCUCUGUACUAAUGAACUGAAUAACGUGAAAAGAAAAGGCGUUCACGGAACAGAAUUCAGUAACACUGCAAGGUACGCCCUACAGCAUGGUGUUUAUCAUAUGCUCGAGUCGGAAGAGGUGGCAGAGAGUCCAAGAAGCUUUGAAGAAAUCGUUAACAACUAUGUCACCGACUUAGACAUUGUGUCUGCAAAGCUUUGUGUAAACAACACGGCUAGCUGUAAAGAUAUUAUCCUUACUCAGAAACAGGAAGCUUUUCAGUCAUUGAGUAGUGAGAGCCGAAAAGCCCUUGGCACGUUGUUGUCUCUCUUACGAAAGUACCAUGGGAGACUUUCGACGCAUCCUAGUACAAUAUUUCAAGUGAUGGUGAACGAGGGAGAGGACGUUUUUGCUGGUGAAGCGACAAAAGCUUUACAGAGUCGUAAAAUAGCCUAUAUGGAGUACCUUCAUAAGGAAGCUGUGAAGGAGUCAAAUGAGACCCAGGCAGAGUUUCCCUGUAACUCCAUGGUUGCUUGUUUUGAUGUUUCCGCUACGCAGGAGUUCAUGGUUUGCGAAUGUAAUGAUGGAAUGAUUUACCUUUGGUCACUCGAAACGGGUGAGCAAAGGUGGGUACGUCCCGUUGAGGUCAGGAAACGCUACUUGGCCUGUUUUUUCCCCUUAAGAGCGGUACCAAGCUCAAGUGUAUUCUCCUGUUAUCGCUCUGUUGUUUUUCACCCUACUGAGCCCGUUGUUCUUCCUGGAAUCCUUAGCCAUGCUUACUCGUUUGAAGGAAACCUCCAACCUCUGUUUCCAAGAAGCAAUUGCAGAUUUUCUGUUUGUUCAGUUCAUGGGGACGAGAGCAAAAUUAUCACCGAUUGCCCUGGCGAUGCUAAAUGCCUUGUCAUGUGGAAUCUAAAAAAUGGUGAAGAGAUCACUCGAACCAUCAGAAAUGAAGAUGUUUUGUCUUUUGCUUGGUCUCCAGAUGGAACGCUUCUGGCAAUUUCCCAUUGUUCGGGACUGGUAUGUUUGGUUGACGCAUUGAACGGCUUAGAGACUCUAGCAGAAGUCGCCACCUCUCAACCUUGUGGAAUGAUAAAGUUUACCCCUGACAUUCAAUUCCUUUUUUGUUCGUCUUUGUCAUUUCCAUUAUUAGACCCGGGGCCAAACUUAAGUUUUCGCUUAAACAUCAUUAAGUUGCCUUGUGGCACCUUUUCCUUUAACGUCGAUGAUCCCGUCAAUAAUCCCGUCUAUGAUCCCGUCGAUCCCGUCGAUGAUCCUCGGAAUUACGAAGCAUCUAGCAAAGGUGGAUUCUUGAUGGGUGAUCCUAUGUUUUUUUUUAGUUCUCGGGUUUAUGGGUUUGCAUUUGUAUUAAACAAACAAAGUGAAUUAAGGGUACUUUAUCAGGACAGCAAUAUUAAAAUGCUUAACUGUGGUAAACGGGACGAUUUGAGGCUCAACAGGCGUUUUCCUUUCAUUUUUCCUAUUGCCUUCGCUUUAGAUGGGAAGACCAUUUAUGGUACCUUUAAAUGGCAGAAAGACAUAAAAGUGGUAUGUUUGGAUGUGUCGAGUGGAGAGCGUAAAGCAGAGAAACGGAUAAGUACACGUGAUGUUUUACUUGUACCUGUGUCAGAAGGUGUCCUUUUGAAAGAAAGUAAACCUGGGGCGGAUGUUCAGCUAUGGAAUUUUGAGUUGUCACAACAAAUCCGAAGUUGGCCUAAUUUAAGCGAGGUUACGGAUAUAAUGCCAGUUUCUGACCAAUGUGUAGCGUGUGUAGAUUUUGAAGUAAGCAUCCUGGACACAUCAAAUGGAAACAUAGUGAAGACCAUCCCACUUUGGUACCAGGGUGUCCAGUUAGCAAGUCGGUUUCGUAUAGAAGCCAUACUAUGUAACAGUAAAUAUCAGCUGCUAUUCACUAUUGUAACACGUGGUGGAUUGAAACAUUUCCGUUCUAGCUCACUUCAGCUUUCAGAUGGCGAAAAUGUACUAUGGAAUACAAGUCUGACAUUUGCACGUCGUCGUGGCCUUAAAGAGGGCAUACCUGGGAUGUUUUCUCCAACAGAGGAGUUUGUCCUUAUCUCUGCAAGCGAUGAGAUUGAGCAAACGGUAAUUGUUUUUCAAGCAUCUUCAGGAAAGAGUCUCCGGACGCUAUGCACCGUUCGCAAAGUUCUUGGCUGUGCCUUUGUAAGUAAGACGGAAUGUGUUAUCGUCUGCAUGAAUACUUCAGGGAGGUAUUGUCUUCCGUUGUUCAAUGUUAGCACUGGGGAUUUCCUAACUGUACUUGAUAUAAAUUUUGUACCGUCCCAGUGUCUGGCGUCCUGUCCACAAGAGGGUUUGAUCGCUAUUGGCCAUGAGCACACAAAUAUGUGCACAGUUAUCGAAGUAAAACUGCCGCGAGACAAAGGAAACCGGGAAGCAAAAGGUGAGCAAUGCGUUUUUUCCUUAUCGUUAGUCGAAGAAUUGCUAAGUUUACGUAGCGUCGACAGAUCACACCCACAUUAAAUUUGCAAUAUUAGUUCCCAAAAAGGAGCUUGUGUGAAGGAUAUUGCAGUUUGUGGAUAUUAGUGGGGUCGAACCUCUAUUAAGCAGCUACUCUGUUUAGUGGCCUGUUGCUAGAUUCCCUGCAAACAAAGCUGUCAGUAAAUCACUGUAAAAAGGACCUUUAUUAAGCAGCUACUCUAUUUAGCGGCCUGUUACUAGAUUCCCUGCAAACAAAGCUGUCAGUAAAUCACUGUAAAAAGUACCUUUAUUAAGCAGCCACCCUAUUAAGCGGCCUGUUACUAGAUUCCCUGCAAACAAAGCUGUCAGUAAAUCACUGUAAAAAGUACCUUUAUUAAGCAGCUACUCUAUUUAGCGGCCUGUUACCAGAUUCCCUGCGAACAAAGCUGUCAGUAAAUCACUGUAAAAAGUACCUUUUAUUAAGCGGCCACUCUAUUUAGCGGCCUGUUACAAGAUUCCCUGCGAACAAAGCUGUCAGUAAAUCACUGUAAAAAGUACUUUUUAUUAAGCGGCCACUCUAUUUAGCGGCCUGUUACAAGAUUCCCUGCGAACAAAGCUGUCAGUAAAUCACUGUAAAAAGUACCUUUUAUUAAGCGGCCACUUUAUUUAGCGGCCUGUUACAAGAUUCCCUGCGAACAAAGCUGUCAGUAAAUCACUGUAAAAAGUACCUUUUAUUAAGCGGCCACUCUAUUUAGCGGCCUGUUACAAGAUUCCCUGCGAACAAAGCUGUCAGUAAAUCACUGUAAAAAGUACCUUUUAUUAAGCGGCCACUUGUCCCUUCCCUAAGGCUGGCCUCUGCUGGCCGCUUAACCCAUUCAAGUCCCAAGGGUGACCUCAAGUUUCCCUUAACAAUAUCAUUACAUCCUCAUACGAAAACAUGAGAAGUGAUGAAAUGAUCACCUUAUGAGAGAAAAUGCUUUGAUUCUUAAACAAAUUCUCUCAACUAAGUUUUUAAAGAAAUUUAAACCUCAAUUUUCCCUUAACAAUAUCAAUACAUCAUCAUAAGAAAACGUCAUGAGAAGUGAGCGAGAUAUCUCAGCUCCAGAAAACAUUGUGAAUCUUUAAAAACUUUGCCAGUAGCUGUAUUCUCAAUUUUCAAAUAUUCUUGCAGAUUACAUAGAUCUUGUCUAAUUAAUAGGGAUGUGAUAAUGGUUCUUACUUUGUUAUUUGGGACCACUAAUGAAUACAAAUUCAGUUUUUUGGGGGAUUUCAGAUCCUUACAUAAACAGAUAUUUUCUAAUUGCAUGCGUGAAUGAAGUAUUAUCGAUUGCUUUUAGUUUUUGCAUUCAGUUUUCCCCAUCCAUAGUAACCAGGAAGAUUUCACUGAAGCAAUCAGAAAUAAGUGGCCUUUAUAGUUUUGAUAAUUACUAAUUUUAUACAUAAAUUUUCAAUCCGUCAACUGAGUAACUUAUUCAUCGUAUUUUAAUGAUUUGCAGUUUCUGAAAGCUCAACACUUGGAGACAAAGGUUGUGCCACAGUGCUUCGACUUGGCAACGAAUUGUGAGUGCAAGGUUCUCUAUUCUUUCCCAUUCCAACUGUGAUUGAUUGACCAUUUUACUAAUUUCUUUGUGACUGGGGAGCCUAGGCUUAAUAAGCCUUCUGGUUUCUUCUGGGCUCUCUUGCCAACUAACAAUUCUUAUAUGUAUUUUUGCAUUGUAAUUUACUUUGGCUAAGUAAAACUGAACUGAACUGAACUGAAAUUGUAAAACGUUUUAACGUUUUUAAAAAAAAACAAAAAUUGCUGCUGAGGAACCGUUAUGUGGUUACCAAUGAUCAGGAAUCAGCGUGUAACCAGAACAUUAUUUUAAUAGCAAACGGGUAGGCAUAUAACCAGGAUUAUAAUACGGGAUUUUUACGUUACUUAAAGUUCAUUCUUGGCUCGAAAAGAAGCACGGUUGAGAAACCGAAAUUAGUUAACCCAUGCUAAUUGGCCACGAAGGUUCUCAAUGAUAUUUUAACUCUGCUUUUGACCACACGCUUGUAGGAUGUAAUGAUAACAUCCGAAACCCUUACGCUUCUUUCGCACCAAUAUUUAACAUGAUUAAAAGCUGUUUGGUUUAUCGCCUUGGCAUAUGUUUCCACUUAAAGGCUGCGUAUUGGUGUUUGUCGCCUUAAGUUCGCAGAAUUUAAAGCACAAGUUUAAAUUGAGAUAUGAAGUUACUUUAAAAUAUUUCGUUUUGUUAAACCUGCUAUAAUUAAAUAUGUUUAGUUGGAGUGAAUAGGGCACAAAGCACAUUCCAUUUGUUGCAUUUAGUAAAUUUACCCCUAGUACUUCGGAACAUAUUUAUCGGAAAGACUCUAGUGGCAGCUGACUCAGUUAAACUGAACUCAACAGAACUGUUACUGCUAACAAUUCAAAGUAGACAGACUGCAAAUUAUAGUAGUUGCUAAAAAAUAUAUCUACGUGUCUCAACUGUUCAUCAGUAGGAUGCCUAAAAUGCGUGCAAUUCCACAAUUGGUUUCGGCUCCAUCUCUCAGAGUCAUUGUAAAUGUUCUUGAUAUUCUUUAGUUUGUACUUUUAGAAUGUAUCUUUUAACUACGAAUUUUUAUAUACCACUGUCUAUUCUGUUCAAGACCGUUUUAUUUUUUAUAUUUUUGUAGUGGUGGAUCUCCCAGUACUUUUGUCUAGUAAGUAGAACUCAAUAAUUUUUUUCGAUUUUUUCUUUAUUGAUGGUUAUGGUAGUGUUUAAGUCUUACUUUACUGCGAAAUUGAUGUUUAGUUUUUAGAGUUUGGAGCCUCGAGGUUGAUGAUGGAUGUACAUGCAGUAUCCAGAAAUGUUACGUGAGCAGCCAGUCUCUUAUUGACAGUGACAUUGACAGCAGGUGGAUUGAAAAACACGCUGUGAAAAAAAAAGCCCAUAAAAAAUGGAAAAGCUUCGAAAAGUAUGCCAUCAGCAGUACGUUUAAACUUUUUAAUUAAAUGUUCAUCUUUUAACAUCGUUUUAGCAUCUUUUAAGGAUUUACAGUAAUUAUUAACAAGUAAACCAGAAAACCUCUAGAAUUGAUGCAGAGUAUCGUAAGCAAUAGCACAAGGCUUACAUUUGAAGAGGUUCCAUUAACAUUGGGUGAAUUAUAAUUAGUAAAGCAAACCAACACAAAACAUGUACAGUAUCAUAAUAACAACAGAUUAAGGAAUAUUUUUAAGAAUUUCCUUUUGGUGUCAUUAAAUGACUAUGUUAGCAAGUAAAACAGUGUAGUUUAAAUGAACUAUGUAGGUUCAUUUUGUAAGUUUGUGAUCAGUUUAUUGUAAAGUUUAUAGUUUUUUGUUAACAUCAUUUUGACUGAAGUAACAGCUUCUCGUUUUUACAUGAAGAAGCUUCCUUUUAGAUUUGACAUUUUUUUAGUUGCUAGUAAAACGGAGAACCUGAAGUUAAUGUUCUAAUCAGUUUCGAGAGCAAGGUUCAAGGUAUAUUUUCGAACAGUUAGGUUUCUAGGACUUAGUAUUAGCAACUCAAGUAAGACAGAACAACAAUAUAACAUAUUUUCAGUACGUAAUCAGUUUUGUAUUUGAUUUAGCGCAAAAACCGUAAGAACUGAUUUAGUAUCAUUAUCGAUAGCUUACCAUUUGUAUUUGAAGAUUUCUGGCCGGAAAAAGAGAACUAAUGUUCAGUUUCAUAAGCAAUAGCUUUAGUUUUAUAUUUAAAGGACCGUCGACUAAACCUGGAUCGGAGCGGAUGGGUUAAACCCCUGCAACCCUAUUUCUAAUCGUACAUGUAUGUCUUUUAUUGAGUUAUAAGCAAUAGCUUAAGGUUUGUAUUUGAAGAGUUUAGAUUUAGUACAAAAAUCGUAAGAACUGAUUCAGCAUCGUUAGCAGGCUUAGUAUACGACCGUUGACAAAAGCUGGAUUGGACCGGACUCAGGAUCAACCGGGUUUGUGACUCUAUCCCUAACCUUUUGUUAUUUAGUGAGUUACAGCGGUUGAUCCAAUUCCGGCGGUCCGAUCCGUGCCUUGCAGACGUUUUACUUAAGUUUUUUUUAUUAUUAUUAAAUAGCUUCUAGAACUAGCAAGUCAAACAGGAAACCCAAAGAAAUGAUUUUCAGUUUCAUCAUGACCUGUAGCUUAAGGUUGAUAACUGAAGACUAGAGUUUUUUGUCGUUAUUACAUUAAAUGACUUAGUUUAGCGAGUUAAAAGAAACACCCAAGAACUUACUUUUAGCAUCAUAAGCAAUAGCUUAAGUUUCAUGUUUCAAGAGUUCUUUAUUCUUAUUGGUGUCAUUUAAUGGCUUAGAUCGAAUUAGCACUCUUACUUUGUAUCAUCAUGACCUGUAACUUAAGGUUGAUAAUUGCAGAUUUGUUUGGUUGGUAAUGAUUAGUUUAGCAAAUGAAAAGGAGAACCUAAGAACUUACAUUGAGUAUCGUAAUUAAUAGUUUACGUUUUGUAUUUGAAGAGUUCUUUACUUUUAUUGGUGUCAUAAAAUGGCUUAAAAUAAGCACUCCAAGUGUAUUAACAUGAGCUGUUGCUUAAGGUUGGUAAUUGCAGUUUUUUGUGUCGGUAUUAUAUGACUUAAUUUAGUUAGUGAGUAGAAAUACCCUAAAACUUACGUGUAGUGUCAUGAGCAAUAGCUUAAGUUUUACGUUUGAGAAGUUUUUUAUUGGUGUCUUUAAAUGGCUUAGAACUAGCACUUAGGAAGUGAUGUUCAGGAUCAGGCGUCAUGAUUGACCAGUAGCUGAAAGGUGAUAGUUGUAGAGCUUUUCGUUGGUAUCAAAGUAAAUGACUUUGAAAACCUAAGAACGUACUUUUAGUAUCAUAAGCAAAAGUUCUAUAUUUUUAUUUGGUCAUUAAAUGGCUUAGAUCGAAUUAGCACUCCAAGUGUAUCAUCUUGACCUGUAUAGCUAAGGUUGAUAAUUGUGGAGUUUUUUGUCGGUAUUUUAUGACUGUAGUUUAGCAAGGGAAAAGGAAAACCCAAGAGCUUACAUCCAGUAUCGUGAGCAAUAGGUUAAGUCAUAUAUUUUUUUUUAUUUCAGUCAUUAAAUGGCUUAGAACUAGCAAUUAAGUAAAACAGAACCUUAAGAAGUGAUGUUAAGUAUCCGGCAUCAUGACCAGUAACUGAAGGACGAUAGUUGUAGAGUUUUUUGUCAGUAUUAUUAAAACAAAUUAGUCAGCAAGUGAACGGAAAAAUCUUAGAACAGGGGCGUAGCUGCCUUAAAAGCCAUUAAGCCCAGGUUAAAAUUACCUCAUAUAAGGGAAGGUAGGUUUUUUAUUGGGGGGAGGGCUGGGUCGUAGAGGCGACUCUCCGACCCUUCCCCGACUAUGACAAGCUUCCUGAUUUCCAGUAUCUACCACUAUCAGCAACGUCUAUCGAUGGUCGUGAACCUGAUGAUUUAAGCCCCGAGCUCAAAUGAAAAGAAUGUUCCACCAACACAAAUUAAAUCCAGGAGAAGGCGGGACAAUAGCUGAAUUUUCUCGGAACUGUGUUGUCCCGCUGAAGUUUGUGGUGAAGGACUAUGUCGAUCACCUUGGUCAUAUGAAAUGUGUAAGGAAAAGCGAAGGAUUGAAAGUGAAAGGCAGAAAACGCAGUGGCUGGAAGAAGAUUACAACGACAUUUAAUGAGAGCAAUUGUAAAAUUCUGACCAAAUGUCGUCGUUGAAAGUUCAUGAACUUAAUUUGUACUUGGUACGACAUGGAAUCGUGUUUAACGGGAAGAAGCCAGA